AUGGUUUCCGCACACGAGAAGAAGGCUGUUGCGCCAGCGACCAAGGACUCGCCGUCGACCAAGUCCUCCAAGAUGCAUAGGAGGUCAAGAUCUGGCUGCUUCACAUGUCGUCUGAGACGGAAGAAGUGUGAUGAGGGCAAACCGAAAUGCAAGGCUUGCCGACACUUGGGCCUUGAAUGCGAAUACAAACGGCCUCAUUGGUGGGGCAACAACGAGAACCGGAGAAAACAUAAGGAACUCAUCAAGGCGGUCAUCAAGAGGACGAAGACAAAUGAAAAGAGCUUGGCUGCCCAAAGUCAAUAUACCCUAGGCAGCACGACGAGAGACGCCGAGGAAGAUUCGCCAGAUGAUUACGACACUGCCUUUGACCCAUCGUUUGCCACCCCCCCUGGCAUGUACGACCCUUAUUCCGGGAACCUAUAUAUGCCGCCCCCAGAGCCCUGCGACCCUGGUUAUCCGUGGGAAGUCGACGUGAAGACCGAGCGUCACACCUAUGUAAACGACGAACUCACUCGUCGAGACUCUACGAUAUCAACCUUCAGCACUCUUGUCCCUCCGCCUGCCCAUGCCAUGCUGCCAUCCUACACCGGUGAUGACUGGGUGCAGCACGACUUCUACGAGAGCCGACAGGAUUCAUGGAGCGGAGAGGAAAAUUUGGACUUCAACUUCUUCGACUUUUCCGCUGUCGCACAACCGGCUCGACCUCAAUGUUCUACCGUCCAGCUCGAAGACUACGACCGUCCGCUUUUCGACCACUUGCUCGAAGAUGUGCUGCCGCUGCUGUUUCCCGUCUUGGAAGCAAACCAACACGGUUCCGUCCGCGCAGAUGUGAUCCUGCCAGCUCUGGAAAACAACAAGGCAUAUCUGCACUCCUGCCUGCUCGCUGCCGCCACUCACUUGAAGGCUACCCAGCCAUCCUCAAGUUCCACUGCUGAGGAUGAUGCCAUGCGCCACAAACUUGCCUUCGUGUCGAUCGUGGUUGAAGCACUCAACAACGAUACCCACCACACGGAGAUGUUGGACGCUCUACUGGGGAUGAUCGCCUUACAGGGGUGCGUUGGCUUGGCCACCGACAUGGAGAAGGAGUUCCAGAUACCCUGGCACCAACACUUCCAAGCCGCCACCGACAUUGUGCAGAAGCUCAACCUGCCAUCGAUUCUUGAAGGCCUCUGUCAGACGGGAGGCCACCCGCCCUUCAAUAUGACCUUGACCGCCUGGAUCGAUAUCCUCGGAGCAACCAUGCUCGGGAAAGCACCCAAGUUUUCCAACACGUACCGGAACCUGUUCUUUGCCAGCGCCACGACGGGACUGGAAAAGCUGAUGGGCUGUAAUGACCUUGUGAUGUAUCUUUUGUCGGAAGUCGCCUGCCUCGACUCCCUCAAGGUUGAGGGGAAGCUCGACGACAUCGGAAUGUGCAGCCACAUCACCUCGCUCGCCCAAACGCUGGACCAGAUCGAACCCAGUGAGCCGCUGCAAGUCCCUUACUCCAAAUCUGGUGCUCUUCGACCCAAGCAACUAUCAAAGAAUAUCACGGCGCUUUUCCGCAAGGCUGUCCGUGUGUACCUUUGCUCCCUGGUCCCCGACCACAAUCGCCACCAACCGGCCACUGUCAGUCUCGUUGCGCAGAUGGCCGAGCUGCUUCAGUAUAUCCCCUCAGGACCUAGUGGUUUCGACCGCUGCCUGGUGUGGCCCCUACUGAUCGGCGGGGUGAACUCGAUUCCCGCGUCCCCGUUCCGCAGAGCCCUUUCGGAGCGGUGCGAGCUGCUGGGAGAUGCGGCCGAUCAUGGAGCUUUUGGCCGGAUGGUGCGCCUGCUGCACGAAGUGUGGAGAAGGAACGAUGACAUGGCCAUCUCGGCAGGUGUCUGCGAAGCCACCCCUGUGACUGCCGGGAGCCCUGGAGGUUCGAUAUCGACGCCGAUCGCUGCCGGCACAGCCUCGACUGGAAGCGCUCUGGGAAACCCAGCCUCUUCAACGACGACGAAACCGAGGAAUCAGAACGUCCACUGGCGGGACGUGAUGCAGCAAAACGGAUGGGAUUUUCUCCUGAUAUGA